ACCGUGGAGGACAGUGCAGCAGAUACCGUGGAAGACAUUGCAGCAGAUACAGUGGAAGACAUUGCAGCAGAUACAGUGGAAGACAUUGCAGCAGAUACCGUGGAAGACAGUGCAGCAGAUACAGUGGAAGACAGUGCAGCAGAUACCGUGGAAGACAGUGCAGCAGAUACCGUGGAAGACAUUGCAGCAGAUACAGUGGAAGACAUUGCAGCAGAUACCGUGGAAGACAGUGCAGCAGAUACCGUGGAAGACAGUGCAGUUGGAGUUGCAGCAGAUACCGUGGAAGACAUUGCAGUUGGAGUUGCAGCAGAUACCGUGGAAGACAGUGCAGCAGAUACCGUGGAAGACAGUGCAGUUGGAGUUGCAGCAGAUACCGUGGAAGACAGUGCAGCAGAUACCGUGGAAGACAGUGCAGUUGGAGUUGCAGCAGAUACCGUGGAAGACAUUGCAGUUGGAGUUGCAGCAGAUACCGUGGAAGACAGUGCAGCAGAUACCGUGGAAGACAGUGCAGUUGGAGUUGCAGCAGAUACCGUGGAAGACAGUGCAGUUGGAGUUGCAGCAGAUACCGUGGAAGACAGUGCAGCAGAUACCGUGGAAGACAGUGCAGUUGGAGUUGCAGCAGAUACCGUGGAAGACAGUGCAGCAGAUACCGUGGAAGACAGUGCAGUUGGAGUUGCAGCAGAUACCGUGGAAGACAGUGCAGCAGAUACCGUGGAAGACAGUGCAGCAGAUACCGUGGAAGACAGUGCAGCAGAUACAGUGGAAGACAGUGCAGCAGAUACAGUGGAAGACAGUGCAGCAGAUACCGUGGAAGACAGUGCAGCAGAUACAGUGGAAGACAGUGCAGCAGAUACAGUGGAAGACAGUGCAGCAGAUACCGUGGAAGACAGUGCAGCAGAUACCGUGGAAGACAGUGCAGUUGGAGUUGCAGCAGAUACCGUGGAAGACAGUGCAGCAGAUACCGUGGAAGACAGUGCAUUUGCUGUACCCAGACGGGAUAGUAGGAACCGAGGGAGAAAGGAAAGGUACCAAUAUUGGAUCGGGGACCUCGCCUUCAUUUUUUUGGGGAUUCAAGAUGGGCAACAGAGAUGACGAGUAUGAUUACUUAUUCAAAGUGGUGUUGAUAGGAGACUCGGGCGUGGGGAAGAGUAACCUGUUGUCUCGUUUCACCCGGAAUGAGUUUAACCUGGAGAGUAAGAGCACCAUCGGGGUGGAGUUUGCCACCCGCAGUAUCCAGGUGGAUGGGAAGACCGUGAAGGCUCAGAUCUGGGACACAGCUGGCCAGGAGAGAUACCGGGCUAUUACAUCAGCGUAUUACCGCGGUGCCGUUGGGGCUCUUCUGGUCUACGACAUCGCCAAACACCUGACCUAUGAAAGCGUGGAGCGUUGGCUGAAGGAACUGAGAGACCACGCUGACAGCAACAUCGUUAUUAUGCUGGUCGGCAACAAGAGUGACCUGCGUCACCUCAGGGCCGUGCCCACCGAUGGGGCACGGGCGUUCGCAGAGAAGAACGGUUUGUCUUUCCUGGAGACUUCAGCCCUGGAUUCUACUAACGUGGAGACAUCCUUCCAGACCAUUCUGACUGAAAUCUACCGCAUCGUGUCUCAGAAACAGAUGUCAGACCGGCAAGACAACAACAUGUCGCCAAGCAACAACGUGGUCAACAUCCAGGUGCAGCCGACGGAGAAUAAACCAAAGAUGCAGUGUUGUCAGAGCAUCUAACAGCAUCACCUAUACCACCUGCUACCCCCUUGACCCCCUUGACUCCCUUGACCCCAAACCCCCUUCUAAAAGACUGCUUUGGUCCUGUCUGUCUGAGACACAGCUGCAUGGCCAGGCUCUAUACUGAGACCCAGCUGCAUGGCCAGGCUCUAUACUGAGACCCAGCUGCAUGGCCAGGCUCUCAUUGGUUCCUUAAGGAUCCCCAGUCAGGACUAUACAGCUGUGUCCGAUCCCAUUGGUUCCUUAAGGAUCCCCAGUCAGGACUAUACAGCUGUGUCCGAUCCCAUUGGUUCCUUAAGGAUCCCCAGUCAGGACUAUACAGCUGUGUCCGAUCCCAUUGGUUCCUUAAGGAACCCCAGUCAGGACUAUACAGCAUGUGUCCGAUCCCAUUGGUUCCUUAAGGAUCCCCAGUCAGGACUAUACAGCUGUGUCCGAUCCCAUUGGUUCCUUAAGGAACCCCAGUCAGGACUAUACAGCUGUGUCCGAUCCCAUUGGUUCCUUAAGGAUCCCCAGUCAGGACUAUACAGCUGUGUCCGAUCCCAUUGGUUCCUUAAGGAUCCCCAGUCAGGACUAUACAGCUGUGUCCGAUCCCAUUGGUUCCUUAAGGAUCCCCAGUCAGGACUAUACAGCUGUGUCCGAUCCCAUUGGUUCCUUAAGGAUCCCCAGUCAGGACUAUACAGCUGUGUCCGAUCCCAUUGGUUCCUUAAGGAUCCCCAGUCAGGACUAUACAGCUGUGUCCGAUCCCAUUGGUUCCUUAAGGAUCUAUAUAUAGCAACGUUUUAAUAAUCAGACAAACGCUGGACGAAUCUUCACAGAAAUGUCUUAAUAUAUGAUUUACAUUUUUUUUUUAUUAUUAUUUUUUUUUUUAUGUGUUAUUUUAUUAAAUAAUUUGAGGUUUGUUUUGUUCACCUGUAAGCUUCAAAUUGACUGCACUGUACUCUCAUUACCCUGGCUGGCUGUUGUGAAUCCCAAAUGGCACCCUAUUCCCUGAUAUAGUGCACUACUAUUAACCAGAGCCCUUACCCUAACCAGAAGUAGUGCACUAUAAAAGGAAUAGCUUAAGGGACCAUUUGGGAGCCUGGUGGUGUGCUGCAUAACUAGAUGAUGUCCUCUCGCUGUGGUAGUAAUGCUAUAAUGCUAAUGGUGAUAGGCUAGGGAUCAGUGGUAGUAAUGCUAAUGAUCAUAGGCUAGGGAUCAGUGGUAGUAAUGCUAAUGGUGAUAGGCUAGGGAUCAGUGUUUAGUAAUGCUAUAAUGCUAAUGGUGAUAGGCUAGGGAUCAGUGUUUAGUAAUGCUAUAAUGCUAAUGGUGAUAGGCUAGGGAUCAGUGGUAGUAAUGCUAAUGAUGAUAGGCUAGGGAUCAGUGGUAGUAAUGCUAAUGAUGAUAGGCUAGGGAUCAGUGGUAGUAAUGCUAUAAUGCUAAUGAUGAUAGGCUAGGGAUCAGUGGUAGUAAUGCUAAUGAUGAUAGGCUAGAGAUCAGUGUUUAGUAAUGCUAUAAUGCUAAUGAUGAUAGGCUAGGGAUCAGUGGUAGUAAUGCUAAUGUUGAUAGGCUAGGGAUCAGUGGUAGUAAUGCUAAUGAUGAUAGGCUAGGGAUCAGUGGUAGUAAUGCUAUAAUGCUAAUGAUGAUAGGCUAGGGAUCAGUGGUAGUAAUGCUAUAAUGCUAAUGAUGAUAGGCUAGGGAUCAGUGGUAGUAAUGCUAAUGAUGAUAGGCUAGGGAUCAGUGGUAGUAAUGCUAUAAUGCUAAUGAUGAUAGGCUAGGGAUCAGUGGUAGUAAUGCUAAUGGUGAUAGGCUAGAGAUCAGUGUUUAGUAAUGCUAUAAUGCCAAUGAUGAUAGGCUAGGGAUCAGUGGUAGUAAUGCUAAUGAUGAUAGGCUAGGGAUCAGUGGUAGUAAUGCUAAUGAUGAUAGGCUAGGGAUCAGUGGUAGUAAUGCUAUAAUGCUAAUGAUGAUAGUCUAGGGAUCAGUGGUAGUAAUGCUAAUGAUGAAAGGCUAGGGAUCAGUGGUAGUAAUGCUAUAAUGCUAAUGAUGAUAGGCUAGGGAUCAGUGGUAGUAAUGCUAAUGGUGAUAGGCUAGAGAUCAGUGUUUAGUAAUGCUAUAAUGCUAAUGAUGAUAGGCUAGGGAUCAGUGGUAGUAAUGCUAAUGAUGAUAGGCUAGGGAUCAGUGGUAGUAAUGCUAAUGAUGAUAGGCUAGGGAUCAGUGGUAGUAAUGCUAUAAUGCUAAUGAUGAUAGGCUAGGGAUCAGUGGUAGUAAUGCUAUAAUGCUAAUGAUGAUAGGCUAGGGAUCAGUGGUAGUAAUGCUAAUGAUGAUAGGCUAGGGAUCAGUGGUAGUAAUGCUAAUGAUGAUAGGCUAGGGAUCAGUGGUAGUAAUGCUAUAAUGCUAAUGAUGAUAGGCUAGGGAUCAGUGGUAGUAAUGCUAAUGAUGAUAGGCUAGGGAUCAGUGGUAGUAAUGCUAUAAUGCUAAUGAUGAUAGGCUAGGGAUCAGUGGUAGUAAUGCUAAUGGUGAUAGGCUAGAGAUCAGUGUUUAGUAAUGCUAUAAUGCCAAUGAUGAUAGGCUAGGGAUCAGUGGUAGUAAUGCUAAUGAUGAUAGGCUAGGGAUCUGUGGUAGUAAUGCUAAUGAUGAUAGGCUAGGGAUCAGUGGUAGUAAUGCUAUAAUGCUAAUGAUGAUAGGCUAGGGAUCAGUGGUAGUAAUGCUAAUGGUGAUAGGCUAGGGAUCAGUGGUAGUAAUGCUAUAAUGCCAAUGAUGAUAGGCUAGGGAUCAGUGGUAGUAAUGCUAAUGAUGAUAGGCUAGAGAUCUGUGGUUAGUAAUGCUACAUGAUGAUAGGCUAGGGAUCAGUGGUAGUAAUGCUAUAUGAUGAUAGGCUAGGGAUCUGUGGUAGUAAUGCUAAUGAUGAUAGGCUAGGGAUCAGUGGUAGUAAUGCUAUAAUGCUAAUGAUGAUAGGCUAGGGAUCAGUGGUAGUAAUGCUAAUGAUGAAAGGCUAGGGAUCAGUGGUAGUAAUGCUAUAAUGCUAAUGAUGAUAGGCUAGGGAUCAGUGGUAGUAAUGCUAAUGGUGAUAGGCUAGAGAUCAGUGUUUAGUAAUGCUAUAAUGCUAAUGAUGAUAGGCUAGGGAUCGGUGGUAGUAAUGCUAAUGAUGAUAGGCUAGGGAUCAGUGGUAGUAAUGCUAAUGAUGAUAGGCUAGGGAUCAGUGCUCUACAUAGACAACAAUAUCCAAGUAAUCUAAUAUUUACAAUUAAAAGGGUUGCAUAAUUCCUGAAACGUUCAAACUACAUUUCCAAGGUUUUUCAUCCUCCAGCACUGAGAUUCAUGAUCCAUUUUUGGUGUUCUGAAAUAGCAUGUAGCUGUAUAACCCCUAUCUGAGCUGUGAAGCACUUUCCUUUGUGUUGAUAGAUGGUGGAUGGUGGCAGACCGUCUCGUCGCCACUAGUCUUUGACGCCUAGCGUGGUCCUGAGUCCUGAGUCCCAGCUCUGUUUGUCGUCGUCUUGCCAACUCUCAUGUGAUUUAUAGGAGUUGCUAAGACGGCACAAACGGACGUGGGACCAGGAUGAGCAUGGUUCACCUUGGUGUCAAGGGGUCAACUAAUCAAGUCCAAGUAAUGGCACAUACAUAACCACUGUCUGGAGAGACCUGACUACAGCUAGACUCAUAACGCAGUACCUGUUCAGACUGAUUCAUUAGAGACUGAUUCAUUAGAGACUGAUUCAUUAGAGCUAGACUCAUAACGCAGUGCCUGUUCAGACUGAUUCAUUAGAGACUGAUUCAUUAGAGACUGAUUCAUUAGAGACUGAUUCAUUAGAGCUAGACUCAUAACGCAGUGCCUGUUCAGACUGAUUCAUUAGAGACUGAUUCAUUAGAGACUGAUUCAUUAGAGACUGAUUCAUUAGAGCUAGACUCAUAACGCAGUGCCUGUUCAGACUGAUUCAUUAGAGACUGAUUCAUUAGAGACUGAUUCAUUAGAGACUGAUUCAUUAGAGCUAGACUCAUAACGCAGUGCCUGUUCAGACUGAUUCAUUAGAGACUGAUUCAUUAGAGACUGAUUCAUUAGAGCUAGACUCAUAACGCAGUACCUGUUCAGACUGAUUCAUUAGAGACUGAUUCAUUAGAGACUGAUUCAUUAGAGACUGAUUCAUUAGAGCUAGACUCAUAACGCAGUGCCUGUUCAGACUGAUUCAUUAGAGACUGAUUCAUUAGAGACUGAUUCAUUAGAGCUAGACUCAUAACGCAGUGCCUGUUCAGACUGAUUCAUUAGAGACUGAUUCAUUAGAGACUGAUUCAUUAGAGACUGAUUCAUUAGAGCUAGACUCAUAACGCAGUACCUGUUCAGACUGAUUCAUUAGAGACUGAUUCAUUAGAGACUGAUUCAUUAGAGCUAGACUCAUAACGCAGUGCCUGUUCAGACUGAUUCAUUAGAGCCUGAUUCAUUAGAGACUGAUUCAUUAGAGACUGAUUCAUUAGAGACUGAUUCAUUAGAGACUGAUUCAUUAGAGACUGAUUCAUUAGAGCUAGACUCAUAACACAGUGCCUGUUCAGACUGAUUCAUUAGAGACUGAUUCAUUAGAGACUGAUUCAUUAGAGACUGAUUCAUUAGAGCUAGACUCAUAACGCAGUGCCUGUUCAGACUGAUUCAUUAGAGACUGAUUCAUUAGAGACUGAUUCAUUAGAGCUAGACUCAUAACGCAGUGCCUGUUCAGACUGAUUCAUUAGAGACUGAUUCAUUAGAGACUGAUUCAUUAGAGCUAGACUCAUAACGCAGUGCCUGUUCAGACUGAUUCAUUAGAGACUGAUUCAUUAGAGACUGAUUCAUUAGAGCUAGACUCAUAACACAGUGCCUGUUCAGACUGAUUCAUUAGAGACUGAUUCAUUAGAGACUGAUUCAUUAGAGCUAGACUCAUAACACAGUGCCUGUUCAGACUGAUUCAUUAGAGACUGAUUCAUUAGAGACUGAUUCAUUAGAGACUGAUUCAUUAGAGACUGAUUCAUUAGAGACUGAUUCAUUAGAGCUAGACUCAUAACACAGUGCCUGUUCAGACUGAUUCAUUAGAGACUGAUUCAUUAGAGACUGAUUCAUUAGAGACUGAUUCAUUAGAGCUAGACUCAUAACGCAGUGCCUGUUCAGACUGAUUCAUUAGAGACUGAUUCAUUAGAGACUGAUUCAUUAGAGACUGAUUCAUUAGAGACUGAUUCAUUAGAGCUAGACUCAUAACGCAGUGCCUGUUCAGACUGAUUCAUUAGAGACUGAUUCAUUAGAGACUGAUUCAUUAGAGCUAGACUCAUAACGCAGUGCCUGUUCAGACUGAUUCAUUAGAGACUGAUUCAUUAGAGACUGAUUCAUUAGAGCUAGACUCAUAACGCAGUGCCUGUUCAGACUGAUUCAUUAGAGACUGAUUCAUUAGAGACUGAUUCAUUAGAGCUAGACUCAUAACGCAGUGCCUGUUCAGACUGAUUCAUUAGAGACUGAUUCAUUAGAGACUGAUUCAUUAGAGACUGAUUCAUUAGAGACUGAUUCAUUAGAGACUGAUUCAUUAGAGACUGAUUCAUUAGAGACUGAUUCAUUAGAGACUGAUUCAUUAGAGACUGAUUCAUUAGAGACUGACUCAUAACACAGUGCCUGUUCAGAUUGAUUCAUUCAUUAGACUGUUUUGUUUGAAACAACAUGUUUAUGCCAGGGUUGGCGUCAAUUCAGGAAGUUAACUGAGAUUUCGAUUCAAAAUCCUAUUCUCUUUAUUGCUUUUCAAUGAGGAAAAUGUGGAAUUGGAAUUUGGUUUACUUUCUGAAUUGACUGAUAUUGAAAUGGAAUUGACCUCCCCUGCUUUCUGCUAAUCCUAAAACAUGGUUUAUGGUUAGCAGAAAGAGAGAGUACCGAGUCGUGCCUAAUGCUUUGAGUACUGACUUGUUUCGGGGCUUAAUGGUUUGAGUACUGAGUAGUGACUUGUUUCAGGGCUUAAUGCUUUGAGUACUGAGUAGUGACUUGUUUCAGGGCUUAAUGCUUUCAGUAGUGACUUGUUUCGGGGCUUAUUGCUUUGACUACUGACUUGUUUCGGGGCUUAAUGCUUUGAGUACUCAGCAGUGACUUGUUUCGGAGCUUAAUGCUUUGAGUAGUGACUUGUUUCGGGGCUUAAUGCUUUGAGUAGUGACUUGUUUCAGGGCUUAAUGCUUUGAGUAGUGACUUGUUUCGGGGCUUAAUCCUUUGAGUACUGAGUAGUGACUUGUUUCAGGGCUUAAUGCUUUGAGUAGUGACUUGUUUCGGGGCUUAAUGCUUUGAGUAGUGACUUGUUUCGGGGCUUAAUGCUUUGAGUAGUGACUUGUUUCGGGGCUUAAUGCUUUGAGUAGUUACUUGUUUCGGGGCUUAAUGCUUUGAGUAGUGACUUGUUUCGGGGCUUAAUGCUUUGAGUACUGAGUAGUGACUUGUUUCAGGGCUUAAUGCUUUGAGUAGUGACUUGUUUCGGGGCUUAAUGCUUUGAGUACUGAGUAGUGACUUGUUUCAGGGCUUAAUGCUUUGAGUAGUGACUUGUUUCGGGGCUUAAUGCUUUGAGUAGUGACUUGUUUCAGGGCUUAAUGCUUUGAGUAGUGACUUGUUUCGGGGCUUAAUGCUUUGAGUACUGAGUAGUGACUUGUUUCAGGGCUUAAUGCUUUGAGUAGUGACUUGUUUCGGGGCUUAAUGCUUUGAGUAGUGACUUGUUUCGGGGCUUAAUGCUUUGAGUACUGAGUAGUGACUUGUUUCAGGGCUUAAUGCUUUGAGUAGUGACUUGUUUCAGGGCUUAAUGCUUUGAGUAGUGACUUGUUUCGGGGCUUAAUGCUUUGAGUAGUGACUUGUUUCGGGGCUUAAUGCUUUGAGUAGUGACUUGUUUCAGGGCUUAAUGCUUUGAGUAGUGACUUGUUUCGGGGCUUAAUGCUUUGAGUAGUGACUUGUUUCGGGGCUUAAUGCUUUGAGUAGUGACUUGUUUCGGGGCUUAAUGCUUUGAGUACUCAGUAGUGACUUGUUUCGGGGCUUAAUGCUUUGAGUACUGAGUAGUGACUUGUUUCGGGGCUUAAUGCUUUGAGUAGUGACUUGUUUCGGGGCUUAAUGCUUUGAGUAGUGACUUGUUUCGGGGCUUAAUGCUUUGAGUACUGAGUAGUGACUUGUUUCGGGGCUUAAUGCUUUGAGUAGUGACUUGUUUCAGGGCUUAAUGCUUUGAGUAGUGACUUGUUUCAGGGCUUAAUGCUUUGAGUAGUGACUUGUUUCAGGGCUUAAUGCUUUGAGCAGUGACUUGUUUCGGGGCUUAAUGCUUUGAGUAGUGACUUGUUUCGGGGCUUAAUGCUUUGAGUAGUGACUUGUUUCGGGGCUUAAUGCUUUGAGUAGUGACUUGUUUCGGGGCUUAAUGCUUUGAGUAGUGACUCGUUUCAGUGCCUUUAUUGUAGAAUGACUUGUUGGUUGGUCUGUAGAUUGUUUUCAGAUGCCACCUCCCCUUCUCUUCAAGCCCAGCUCUCCUAUCUCUCAGAGUUUGUGGACAGGACAGGUUCCUACCCUUUUUAAAAUGUACGUGUGAUCAGGGUGGUUGGCAGGUAGCCAAGGAGCGCUGCAGUUUCCCCCAAGCAACUCGUGUCAAGCAGAUCACACAAUUUACCACGGCCUACAGCAGGACUGGUCUACAGGGUAAUAGUAGUGUGGGUAGGAGCCAGUGUCUGGAGUUAGACCAGAUUAAUAACCCACUGUCUGGAGUUAGACCAGAUUAACAGCGUUAAUAACCCACUGUCUGGAGUUAGACCAGAUAACGGCAUUAAUAACCCAUCUGGAAUUAGACCAGAUUAAUAACCCACUGUCUGGAGUUAGACCAGAUUAACGGCGUUAAUAACCCAUCUGGAAUUAGACCAGAUUAACAGCGUUAAUAACCCACUGUCUGGAGUUAGACCAGAUUAACGGCAUUAAUAACCCACUGUCUGGAGUUAGACCAGAUAACGGCAUUAAUAACCCAUCUGGAAUUAGACCAGAUUAAUAACCCACUGUCUGGAGUUAGACCAGAUUAACGGCGUUAAUAACCCAUCUGGAAUUAGACCAGAUUAACGGCAUUAAUAACCCACUGUCUGGAAUUAGACCAGAUUAACGUCAUUAAUAACCCACUGUCUGGAGUUAGACCAGAUUAAUAACCCACUGUCUGGAAUUAGACCAGAUUAACGUCAUUAAUAACCCACUGUCUGGAGUUAGACCAGAUUAACAACCCACUGUCUGGAGUUAGACCAGAUUAACGGCAUUAAUAACCCACUUCUGGAAUUAGACCAGAUUAACAACCCACUGUCUGGAGUUAGACCAGAUUAACGUCAUUAAUAACCCACUGUCUGGAGUUAGACCAGAUUAACGGCGUUAAUAACCCACUGUCUGGAGUUAGACCAGAUUAACGUCAUUAAUAACCCACUGUCUGGGGUUAGACCAGAUUAAUAUCCCACUGUCUGGAGUUAGACCAGAUUAACGUCAUUAAUAACCCACUGUCUGGGGUUAGACCAGAUUAAUAACUCACUGUCUGGAGUUAGACCAGAUUAACAACUCACUGUCUGGGGUUAGACCAGAUUAAUAUCCCACUGUCUGGAGUUAGACCAGAUUAACGACAUUAAUAACCCACUGUCUGGAGUUAGACCAGAUUAACGUCAUUAAUAUGCCUCUGUCUGGAGUUAGACCUUAGACCAGAUUAACAACCCACUGUCUGGAGUUAGACCAGAUUAACGGCGUUAAUAACCCAUCUGGAAUUAGACCAGAUUAACAACCCACUGUCUGGAGUUAGACCAGAUUAACGGCGUUAAUAACCCACUGUCUGGGGUUAGACCAGAUUAACGGCAUUAAUAACCCACUGUCUGGAGUUAGACCAGAUUAACGUCAUUAAUAACCCAUCUGGAAUUAGACCAGAUUAACAACCCACUGUCUGGAGUUAGACCAGAUUAACGUCAUUAAUAACCCACUGUCUGGGGUUAGACCAGAUUAACGGCAUUAAUAACCCACUGUCUGGAGUUAGACCAGAUUAACGUCAUUAAUAACCCACUGUCUGGAGUUAGACCAGAUUAACGGCGUUAAUAACCCACUGUCUGGAGUUAGACCAGAUUAACGUCAUUAAUAACCCACUGUCUGGAGUUAGACCAGAUUAACGCCAUUAACAACCCACUGUCUGGGGUUAGACCAGAUUAACAUCAUUAAUAACCCAGUGUCUGGAGUUAGACCAGAUUAACGUCAUUAAAAACCCACUGUCUGGAAUUAGACCAGAUUAACGUCAUUAAUAACCCACUGUCUGGAGUAAAACCAGAUUAACGUCAUUAAUAACCCACUGUCUGGGGUUAGACCAGAUUAACGUCAUUAAUAACCCACUGUCUGGAGUUAGACCAGAUUAACGCCAUUAACAACCCACUGUCUGGGGUUAGACCAGAUUAACAUCAUUAAUAACCCAGUGUCUGGAGUUAGACCAGAUUAACGCCAUUAACAACCCACUGUCUGGGGUUAGACCAGAUUAACAUCAUUAAUAACCCAGUGUCUGGAGUUAGACCAGAUUAACGUCAUUAAUAACCCACUGUCUGGAGUUAGACCAGAUUAAUAACCCACUGUCUGGGGUUAGACCAGAUUAACGUCAUUAAUAACCCACUGUCUGGAGUUAGACCAGAUUAAUAACCCACUGUCUGGAGUUAGACCAGAUUAAUAACCCACUGUCUGGAGUUAGACCAGAUUAAUAACCCACUGUCUGGAGUUAGACCAGAUUAACGUCAUUAACAACCCACUGUCUGGAGUUAGACCAGAUUAAUAACCCACUGUCUGGGGUUACACCAGAUUAACGGCGUUAAUAACCCACUGUCUGGAGUUAGACCAGAUUAACGUCAUUAAAAACCCACUUCACAUAAAAUAGUGUCUGUUUUGCACUGAAUUUUAAAACAACCCAUUUAUCAAACGGAUAGCGUUAGAAAUUAGUCUGCACUGCUUCCGUGAUAAUGAAUGACAAAUUAGCAUGCUGUUAUUGAUAUGCUAUUAUGGACCACCACCAUGACUGGUAACAUGAACGACCUGAAUGUUUAGGCUUCUGACACAUUUACCUGUCCUGGAAUGACUGCAGCCUUGUAUCGUACUGUGAUGACCUGGGAUGUGUUCAUUAGGGACGAAACAGAAGAAACCUGAUUUAAAACUACCUGCACUAGUAGUCCAAUAACAAACACUAAUGUAUAUUUUCCCUGUUGUUAAAACAUUUUUUGCUACGGUGUGGCCUACUGAACACUAACCCUUCUUUUUUUAAGAGGUCAAAUGGCACAUAGGGGUUGAAAGUAGUGCACUUUUUUAUUAGUGGAUAGGUUGCCAGUUGGGACACUGGUCCCUGUGUGUGUGUCUGGCAGGGAUGUUACGGUUACAGAAGGCUGUGUCACAAAGGGCAUCCUAUUCUCUAUGUAAUACACUGCUUUGGAUCAGGCUAGCUUUAGCUUUGGAUCAGGCUAGCUUUAGCUUUGGAGCAGGCUAGCUUUAGCUUUGGAGCAGGCUAGCUUUAGCUUUGGAUCAGGCUAGCUUUAGCUUUUUAGCAGGCUAGCUUUAGCUUUGGAGCAGGCUAGCUUUAGCUUUGGAUCAGGCUAGCUUUAGCUUUGGAGCAGGCUAGCUUUAGCUUUGGAUCAGGCUAGCUUUAGCUUUGGAUCAGGCUAGCUUUAGCUUUGGAUCAGGCUAGCUUUAGCUUUGGAGCAGGCUAGCUUUAGCUUUGGAUCAGGCUAGCUUUAGCUUUGGAGCAGGCUAGCUUUAGCUUUGGAACAGGCUAGCUUUGCUCGGUUUAUGUAGUCCCCUUAACUAUUGCUGUUGUGUGAUUUUUUUUUUUUAAUGUCAAUGAUCUUUCACUUUAUGCGUCCUCGGCACCACUGUUUUUAUUUUUUCAUUCAUGCUGUACUGUGAUUUUGUUGUUGUUGUUGUUAUUUGUUUUGUUUAUAAUGAAACUGUUCUCUCUGUCCACUAAUUACAAUUAAUAAAUAAACUUACCUCUGAGUUUAAAGGUCUCA